AUGGUGGGCCGCGGCCGGGAUCUCCACACCGAAGAGGCCGCGGCCACUCCAGUGCAGAGCAAAUACAUUCAGGGAGACUCGGACAAAGGAGCUGGAUACCCUCCACCAGAGUCCUUCCCCGGGAACCCUGAAAUCCGUUUCUCCAGCGUAUCCCCUUACUUACCCUACGAUCGCUUGGGCGCCGCCAUCGGCGGCGGCGACGGCGGCGACGGCUGUGGAAGGAGCGCGGUGGCCCAGCAGCGGCCCCGGGGACCCCGCGCUGCUGACGGCGGUCGCCGAGACUCGCUGAGCCCGCGGGUCUCUGAGGCUCGGGCCCCAGCGCCUCCCCCGGACUGGCCCCCGCCCCUCCCGCGGCCCUCCUCUCUCGUUUCUCCUCCUCCGUCCCUCCUCCCUCCUCCCUUGUCGCUCGCGGGCCGGGCCCGGCAUGGUGCGGCGUCGCCGCCGAUGGCGCUGAGGCGGAGCAUGGGGCGGCCGGUCCUGGAGACCCCAAUUCUGCCGGCCCUACACACGAAGGUCCCACUCUGA